UGCACGUGACUAACACGGAAGUGAAAGGUGUGCAACUCAUGUGCACAAUAACAAGCGUUAAGUGUUAGCGCCUUGUUUACUAUUGUUUUUUGUUUUCUUUUUUUUUUUCAGGUUUGCUAAAUGCAAGAAAGAAAGAAAGAUAGAUAGAUCUCUCAAUUUGUGUAGGUUUCCUAACAAGCUUGCUUACGGUUUUUUGGUGACAGGCUAAAGCAACAUGCUAAAGGAGCUGCUUUAAACUUAUUCAAACUCCAUAAUGUCGCUUGUUCCCGCUAAUCAGCCGCAGCUGAUCCGCUCCUCACAGAAGGACGAAUAUUAUCAAACUAGUCUGAGAAAUAACACCAACGACGCUUUCCAGACUCUUGCUGGAUCAAGACGAUGGCUGCAGUGGAGGAAAGAACUAGAAGUCCUAUCAGAUCUUGCCUAUUAUUCACUAACAACUAUGUCAGGAUAUCAGACAUUAGGUGAAGAGUACGUCAACAUUAUCCAGGUCGAUCCAACCAAACGCAGGAUUCCUUCACGGACACGCAGGCUGGCUCUCGUUCUGCUCCACACCUUUGUACCGUACAUCCUGGACAAACUUCUGGUCUGUAUCGAACAUGAGCUGGAGGUGGAGGAUUGGGAUUCCCAGAAUGCACAGCGAGACACGGUAUUAACCUGGAGCCCAAUGUCAUAUAUAAAGGCAUGGAUUCAGAGGGCAGUGAGAGUGCUGAAUAGUCAGCAGAGGAAAUCUUUAAAGCCUGUGGUCAUGGCAGUGCAGCAGGGGAUCACCAUUUUGCACCGGGUGCAUGUGGCUCUGUUCUACAUCAAUGGUGCAUUUUAUCACCUGGCCAAAAGGACAUCAGGCGUUGGCUAUCUCAGAGUGCAGAGAAUGGCCUUGGAUGAUAAAGGCAUCCGGACCAGCUACCGGCUUUUAGGGUGUGUGUCACUGUUGCAGCUGGCCAUCACACUUGUUCUGCAGUUUAACAGCCUGAGACAGAGGCAACGUGCCAGACACGAGUGGACACGGCACAGAAAUCUGCCCUCGAGUCCACAGGAGGCUUCGUCCUCUCGAUCUUCUCGCUGUAUUUUGUGCUUGGAGGAGAGGAGACACUCCACAACAACCCCCUGUGGCCAUCUGUUCUGCUGGGAGUGUAUCACAGAGUGGUGCAACACAAAGACGGAGUGUCCGCUGUGCCGAGAGAAAUUUCAGCCUCAUCGCCUGGUUUUUCUGAGAAGAUACAGAUAGAUGACAGAAUAUUUCAACACAACAUGAACUUCGUACCAGUGCUGCUUUAAAAAAAACAAAAACAAAAAACCUUCAUAGCUGAAGCGGAUUCCUGUGUGUCCAGUCUUCGUGAUUGGUUCGUUUUAAUUAGUUAGCUACACGUAAAUAAAAUAACUAGCUAUAGAUGUAUAAAUGUAAACAAAGAAUAAGGACAAAAUAAUUUAUUGCUCUUUUUUUUUUCAUUUUGAAACAGCUUAGUCAGUCUGUUUUCUUUUUCUGUUGUAGUUAAUUAUACUGUUUUAUCGUGUUCAUUUAAAUGGAUAAUUGGUUGUCUUCAUUUGAAUUAUAAUUGCUUUGCUUUUUAAAGUAACUCCCUACCUUACUUAUCCUUCCUGUAAUAGCACAUUUGCCCAAGUGUGAUGUAGAAUAUAGUGGGAAGGGACUAAAAGACAGCAUUUAAAAAUGUAGUCCAUUUAUUUUGUGGCUAUCAAGUAAAUCAGUAAUUGAGCGUAUUAAGCUGGAUAGACCUCUUAACUCUGUUUUUCAGGCGGAUGACGUCCGUGAACAAACUGGAUGCAAUUUGUUUUAUUGAACAUAAAGCCACUAGUGUUUCCCAGAGGUGAUUUUUCAGGUUUAAUGAGUCUAAUGAUUACUGUAAUGUAAAAUAAAUGUUCUGAAGCACA